AUGGAUCCUGCACCUCCCGAUACCAAACGCCCACGCCUCUCUUCGUGGCCGGCCGGCACACCUCAACAAGGAGUAUCACUACCGCAUCCUCACCCUCAUCACGGUCAUCCGAACCAGCUUCCACCACCGCCGCCGCCUCCUCCUCCUGGCGCCCUACAUCAUCCUGGGACGAGCCCGUAUCAACAUUAUCCCCCUCGAUCUGCCGAACACUCAUCAGCUCCGCCGACGCCUGCUCAUACUGCGCCAGCGCAACCACAUCCCCAUCCCGACGCCGAUCGUCGCCAUCAUGAACAAGAGCCUUACCCUCCUGUCCAAGACUAUCACCGGCAACAACAGCAGCAGCAACAGCAGCAACAUCCGCCUCCGCAUCAGCCCCCUCCGUCGCCGGCGCAUCCAGCGCAUCAGCCGUACCCGCCGUACGGUUCCCGAGAUCCUCCCAUAAAACGGGAUCCUGGUGAGGAUCAACGCCGACCCAACUCGACGGGCCAUGCGCCCGAGGGGAUGCCAUCGACACCACAUCUCCCACCGACCUCUCACCCACCACCCCCUCCCCCUCCGGGCAGCUACGACAAUCCACCACGACACAUGAAUUACGAAAGCGCGCCUUCGAUGCCCCCGACCCCGGGUGGCUAUCGUGCUCCUAGCUUCCCCCCGCCGACUCCUGUCCCUCACCAACCAUCGUACGAGCAACAUGGAGGAUAUCCCUCCGGCCACGAGCCGUUUUAUAGCGUCUACUCGUCAUCCGUACCAGCCAAGAAAAAGAACACGCGGGCAUCUCAGGCGUGCGACAGCUGCAGGCAGCUCAAGGCCAAGUGUGAUGAGACUAAGCCAUGCAAGACAUGCAAGGAAAAGGGCGUGGAGUGCAAAUACCGAGAUCCGGUACCCAAAGCGACGGACAAGGCCCAAGCCGACAUUUUGGAGGGGCUCACAGCUGUGCAAAGCUCCCUUAGCACCAUUAUGAGCCAAAUCGGACGAUUCGACCAGAGGCUGGUUAAGAUGGAAUCCCUCUUACCGAAGCAUGCGCCGACAUUGCAAUUGAAGACCGAGCCUGCGACAGAUGACGAUUUCAAGCGCGCUCCAGCAUCUCCCUAUGUUUCGAAUGGCGCUUCUUCUGCAGAGACCUACUACCAGAAUGAACCACACCGUGAUCAUCCAUCAGCGGAGCCAAUUCCUCUUCGCAUGAUGCCUGAGGAUGAGAUGGAAGUCGAACCCGGUCCACCAGUCCCCCCUGGAGAACCUGCCAUUCCGAUCAACCACACAACUCUUGCGGGCCUACUCCUGGAAUGGCCAUCGAUUCGUGAGCUAACAAAGCAUCAUCUCGAGCAGGAAGGGAUUCGGUAUAUCAGCGAGUAUCCUAUCAGCCAAGAGCAGAACAGAGGUGUCUUGAUCGUAUAUGGACGGGGCGAAGAUUCUCACCCAUCACGGCAUAUCCGAGAGCCCGCUGACCAUGGAAAUCUGGAUAUGGCCGACGAUUCAUCAGACAUGGCGUCUCCUUCGCCAGCGGCUGACUGGGGACAACUAGGUGGCUUGAGUCCCCCCGAUCAAGUGGAAUACAAGGGUGGUGUUUUGGCAUUCGAUGGAAACCCCGACUUCUCGGAGGCGAAGGUGUGGUCAUAUGUGGAGACGCAUCCACGAUCAGCAAAGCCGCAGACGUCGAAGCCCGCUUUUGCCGUUGGGGGAGGUUCGCAGACGCCCGAAACUGCGGGCUCAAAGCGGAAGCGAUCGCCAGGGCCGGAUGGGUCCGAGCCACCCACACCCGCGCCGCCCCGCGCCGGCCGGCCGGAUCGGUCCAUCCACAGCGCCUUAGUUCUUACGGUGCUGGCUUUGGGCAAGAUCUGUCUGUAUCGUGACAACGUGCCCGACGUGGUGCACUCGACAGAACCGCUUCCUCACGGCAGCCCUGCCAUCCGCAAUGGCGCUGUUCCUCCUUCGCCGAACCAAGGCUCCCCUCCUGGAUUCUCGGCGCACUCGCAUUCAUCAGGACUACCAUCACCGAAGGAGCAGGACAGAAAUAUUCAUAGCCGUCGGUCCUCGAUUCACGGCGUGGGUGGCUUCCGCUCUGGUUUCAGUCUCAAGAAGAACUACGAAGUAAUUCCAGGCUUGGAGUACUUUGCCUACGCCACGGAUAUCCUUGGCAACCACACAGGUGCCUACAACAACAUGAAGAAUGUGUACGCCAACAUUUUUGCGGGAUUGUACCAUGGACAGUUGGGGAGGCCCAUGGAGAGCUUUGCCUUUAUCCACAAGGCGAGCCACAAGCUUCAGGUCAUCAUGAGACCGAGUCUGGACAAGAUGAGACGAAUCAAGCGGAAUAGCGAGUUCAUUCAGGAAACCAAGUACAACCAGCUCGCGCUGACGUUCUGGACCUGUCUACAGCUUGAGAGCGAUCUCAUUGCCGAGAUGCAGCUUCCGCCCUCGGGUCUUCUCUCGUAUGAAGACGACAUGCCUCAUCCUAACAUGAGUCUUCUCGAAGGCUACGACCAGCGUAUCCUAGACAGCUACCCCGGUCAGCUGUAUCUCCGAACACAUCUCAAUAGCAUCCACCGGAUGUUCUACGCCCCCGAAGACCCAACCAAGGCUGGCAAGGACAAGUUUAGGAACGUCGGGGUUGUGUCUGAUGCCGUCUCGGGGAUGCAUUGGGUGGCUCCCAGCUUUGCGUUCCGGGAGGAUGAUCCUCCAGCGGACGAUAUUCUAGCGGCAAGGCUGCGGGCCAAGUAUUGGGGCGCGCAGGUCAUCACAUAUCGACCAUUUAUCCGACAGAUCCUGCAGUUCUCGCACUCGAUCAAGAACCAUGCAUCGAGCCCCAACUUCCCCAACGUCACGUCCGAGUUUCGACAGGAUAUCACGGCACCCGUGAUCCACCCCAAGGCCAGGACGCACGGCGACAUCGACCCACAGGUGGUGGAAUUGGCCAAGAAGGGCAUCAAGGCGCUCAUUGAGAGCACACGGGCCUUCCACGGUCUGGGUGAAAAGCGACCCAUCAUCACCAACGUGUUUGGUACAGCGCAUGCGCAAUGGGGCAACCUACUGGUUCUGUCGGCGGCAUUCAAGGACCCAGUCCUUCACUCGUAUGUGGACGAGGAACUGCUGCGAACGCUGUUCCACAAGACGAUUCAGUUCCUUCGACAAUCAGCAACAGCGACUAGCUCACUGAGGACGGACAUGCACAUCCUUGAAGGCCUUCAGCGAGACCUCUUUAUGUACCCCGACCCGAGGACGACAUCGAGCUUCUCGAGCGGCACAAGUGCCCCGGGCUACCACACGCCUCGACCAGUUGCAAUGGCUGCACCACCGCAGGUGCCUCACCACAUGAACGACCAAGUUCUUCCAAGGCCCAUGCCUCACCAUCUACAGCAGAUGAGUUCAUCGCACGGGCAGUGA